CCCCGAACAGAAAAACCUUCCGAAUAUAUCGCAAUACAUACCUGCAUUGUGUAUAUUUAGAGUCAGAGCACCUAUCUGAUGCUAGUACCUCCUACAGCCGAAACCACCCGCCGUGAUCUUCUGGAGCUAUCCACGUGAUAAAAUCACCCGUAGGUGUUUCAAGCACAGUUGAUAGUGUUAGUGCGCAGCAGCUCUUUCAACCUCCAACGAAAAAUCGCGACCAUUUGCUCGCGAUCCCCCCCUGACUACGAUCGUGCAUAACACUGCCACCACCAACUAUAUGUCCGACACCAAUAUGGGGGAAGCUACGGGUGCCAACGAGGCCCCGACCGCUUCCCCCCCCCCCGAACCCAUCACGCCGAAUCGACCGCUCAAACGACCGAGACCUCAAACACCAAAGAAAGUUACAGAGCCCCCUGUUACUCCUCAGAAAUCGCUACGGCCUGGACAAUCCAGCCAAGUUACGCCUCCCGAAUCCCCGCCCCUCGGAUCCCCCCAAAGCCAGCUGGACUUGGAGCUACAAAGCCACAUCUCAGCGGCAGUAGCUUCUCGCACAGCGCAGAUAAAGUCCACAGGAGAUGAAGUCAUGGAACUUGUCUCUACAGUCAACCAAAAAAUCGCCAACUGGGAAGAGAAAAGCCUCCAAGGAGCUGCCUCCCUGGGCAAAGACAUCAGAACCCUGGUCCUUAACUUUAGCAAGAACCUGGCGACUGGACACCUUACUGAAGCAGAGGAGAAUCACCAACCCCACCACCACACCCAAAAACAACAACUAUGCUGAAGCCGCUAAGCAAACACCCAAUGCCCCCAAGGCACACCCCAAAAUACCUAAGACUCCUUAUAAAGCAUUGCAACAGGAAAAGCCCCCCCCUGCAUCUUCCUACACCUCCCUGAG